AAGAAGGGCAGAAUUUGGCUAAGUCAAAAUCCGUGUUCAGGGUACAUACUUUGGAGGCAUGGUUCUCUCAAUGUGCUUGGUGGAAAUUCAAGUUUAAGGGUUUGUUUUGCAGAUCAAGUUACCAUCUUUCCAAUGGUAUGCUUUAUGGAGCCAGAUGAUGUCAUUAAGAUUGUUUUCCAAGGCCUCAAAGUUGCUACCUCAAAACUGGAAAACUGCCAGAAAAUGGCUAAGGCAGAAAACUGUUUUGUGAAGCCUACUUUGGAGCUCAAUUCAAGGAGCAUGGAUCUGAUUCGAGACCAAAGGCUUCUACAACAUGAAACUAGGUAUGUUUAUCUACCAAGGGAAGGAAUCGGAUGAAAGAUCGGAGUUCUGGAAGGUCUCGAACGAAAGGCGCGAAGUUAGUACGAAAGCUGCCUUUUGACUGUUUUGCGGGCAGCUUACUUGUGCUUCAAGAAAGGAAGUUUAUGGCCGAAUUUAGAGUCCUUUUUAGAGUUUGUUUUUACCUUAAUUGUUUCCUUGUUCAUCUAGAUUUGUAUUAGGUUUUAUUUGCCUUUAAAUACCGUUCUAUUUACGUUGUAAAACAGAAGACUUUGAUUAAUCGAA